AAUGUCCGACCGAUUUACCUUCACAUUAGAAACUUUACUUUGUUCUAAAAUUGCUUCACCUUUAAGCCUGGAAAAAUGUUUAUCUGAAGAUGGAGUUUACCUUGAUACUUUGCAAGCAAGAAAAGACUUUAAAGAGCACUUUUAUGAAAAGUCAAUUGGGUGCUAUCACCGAAUUCGAAGGCUAAGGAUGGAAAAUUUAGGAAAAUGUGGAAAAGUAUUUCUACAAUGCUCUAUUGAAAGACACUUAACAAAUUGUCUAUUUCGCUUGUUCGGGUAUUGUACUCAUCGGAAUUCCAGAAAAUGUUACCUUAUUGAGACAAAGAUUUUAAAGCCGAAAGAAAUAACGUACAAUUAUUUAAUGAAACUACUCGAUAGAGAAAACAUCACUCUUAACGUAGUUGGUAUCUCUACAUUUGGUGAUGAAAAAUUAGGUUUUGAUACUCACCACUUUCCAAAGAUUGACCUAAUUGUUUCUCUUAGUUGUUGUCUAGUGGAGGACAUUAAUAACAACAAUUUUGCAAAUGUUCUAAAGAAGCUAUACGUAUGUGGAAAGAGGGAAUUAAACAUACGUGAACCACAGCUCUCUAGAGGACUUGUAUUCUGUAUUCCAGAAUUGGGCGACUAUCUAAUAAAAAUAAGAUAUAGUAACGAUCCAAAGCUUGCUGCCAUGAUUGAAAACUACUUGGGUGUCAUUAACAUACUGAUUUACAUAUCAUGUGUCUAUACUCAAGCCUGUAGACAUAAUAAGUUGGGAUAUUUCGUGGAGAAUAUUCCAAAUAUCCGUCAACUAAUGAAAACGCAAAAAGGACAUUUUGAGGAGACGCUGCAAUUUUUGUCUGAUGAAAACUGGAGGAUGUAUGUAGAACUAUGCAGAACAUAUCCAUGGUUGCCAUUUCGACCUCCAUACAUGAAUAGAUAUCGAGCAAGAAGUCUCCUGUCAUUCAACAACCCGGAAGAGGUUGAAUUGACGGAACAUUACUUCUUCAAAGAUAUUCCGACCGAUACAGUUGACUAA